AUGGCGGAACCCGAUCCAGAUCGCCAUCUGAAGAAAGUAUUGAAUGUGAUUGGUGUUAGUACGAAAAUUGGCAAUGUGGUACAGUUGGUCAAACGAAGACGCGGGAGUCCACCGAAGAUAACGGAGGAGCAAGAAAUUCAGCAACGACUCGAGAAAUCCAAAGAGGCUCGCUCCGAGCGUCUCAACAUCUUGGCCACCAAACAUCGACACGUGCUGGAGGUGGGUGCUUAUAUUUUAGCCGAAGAUCAAGACUAUGCUGCUGAGUGUGUUGCGGAUCGAAUGGCCGAUGUGAAGCUGCUGGAUAGCUUCUUCGAAUCAGAAGGGGUGAAAGCGUUGUUACUGUUUUACGGAAUGUGCGCUCCACCAGGGAUGGACACUGGAAGAUACAAUGCAAAGAUAAAACAGCCCACUAAUCAAGUUUGGAUAACUGAUGGUCGAAGUGACAAAGUUACGUUGGCUUGUGUAGGUGUGACUCGGCAUAGUAACACCAAACCCAUUGAAGUCAAAGGACUUAGUGAUGAAAUCUUAUUCACCUUCAUCGCAAUACCCUCAGGAAGUUCGAUUGUCUACUGCUUGGUGUCGAUCUUGGAGAAAGUUCUUAAAUCAGCUAUCGAUCAGAUCCGCGACUAUGGCCAUUGCAAUGAUGUUCAAAAGAGCAACUUCAAAUACGGCGUGAACCGGUUUAUUAACCUCCUUAAAAGCACUGAAAAGGACAUUUCGCAUCGAAUCGUAUUUGAUGUGGAUCAUGAUUUGUACCUGGGGUUUCUGUUAACUGCAGUGCAGGUAGCAGAAACGGCUCGUGAUCAGGAAAAGAUGGUUCGUGUUGAGCAAAUUUUCAGUAGAUGGAUGGAGCAAGUACAGCAUGCACUUACGCAGGGCAAUCAGAUCGAACGAUCGCCCCAUUAUGCGGGUCCGCUGGUAGAGCUUGAAUAUUGGCGUACCAUACUGACGCGCUACACCUCAAUCAGUGAGUUUACCGAGAGCAAAAUUUUUUUACAAUUCUUAGAAUCUUUGAAAAUUUCUCGCGGCAAGUUGGUAAAAGUUUGGGAAAGCUUAGCGGCAGAACUGUCCAUCAAAUUGAUCGAAUCGCGAGAUAACGUACGUUUCAUCAGCUCUAUCGAACGUUUUUGGGACCCCUUGUACCGGUGUGAGCCACAGGAAGCAACUCGCAGCAUUCCGAGCCUGCUGGAAGUAAUUCGCCACGUAUACAAAUCGUCCAUGUAUUACAACACGUCGGAUCGAAUAACGGGACUGCUAACAAAGAUUGCGAAUCAGAUCAUUAUCAACUGUCGGCAGUUUCUAACUGAUCGUGGAACGAACCGAAUAUAUCAGCAGCCCAAGAAGGUGCUGAUCAAUAAAAUCACCAUUUGCCAUAAUCUGGACGCAGCAUUCCGAGACAGCUAUAGUCAAAUAGUACAGAAAAUGACAAACAGUCCCACCGAAACACCUUGGGAAUGCUCCGAGGUGUUUAUUUUCGGAAAGUUAAACCAUUUCAAGUUACGCUUAGCCCGAAUUCUGGAAGUCAUGGAGAUUUAUCUGAAGUACGAAAUUAUCGAUCAGGUGGCCAUUUAUGGGACAGAAGUUUUUUCAGGCCGUAUUAGAGCCGCAUACGAAACACUCACAUCGAAACCGUAUGACCCUUUGAUUUAUACCGAGUUUCAGUUCGAUGCCGACUAUGAAUGCUAUCUGAAAGAGGUGGAAAUAGCCGAAUUGGGGCUUCAAAAGUUUCUCAAGAAUCAGCUAAACAACGAACGUACUGUCGACAGUAGCCUUUUGAUCUUGAAGAGAUUCGAGAAACUACAGCUCGAUUGUUUGUGCAUCGAUCGACGCUAUCUGGAUGUUGCGGUGAUGUUGGAAAAUGAAAUUUUUCAGCUAAAGGAUAUUUACAACGAGAAUCGGGCAAAUCCACCAGUGCCAUACGGAGUUCCGGAGACAGUCGGACGUAUCAUGUGGGCUCGUGCACUGUUUCGUCAAAUGGAUGUACCACUUGCGUUACUAAAGAAUCGGUCGUGUGUCUUGAAUCACCGGAAGGCGCAACUCUGCAUCAAAUACUACAACUAUCUAUGUGAAGUGUUGAUUCACUAUGAACUGCUGCACCACAAGGCAUGGAUGAUUUUUGCAGAGAAAGCAACAACUAAACUGUCUACACCGGUAUACCAUAAGCGCACUUCAGAUAACUGGUUGGAGCUUAACUUCCAUCCAUGGAUCAAGCAAGUCAUCAGGGAAACGGAAGUCGUUCUUAAGCUUGGUAUGAGUGCGCCAGAUUAUGUAAUUGUAUUAGUACAAAACAAACGACAAAUUGAUCAUCGCUUUGAAAGAGCCAAGCAUCUACUGAAACAGAACAAUGAGCUUCGUUUAGCCAUACCACCAAUAUUUUUGCCUUUGAUGAGAACAAUGUUGGUGAAACUGGACAAAGUGUUCUUGCCCGGAUUGUGUGUCAUUACUUGGGAAUCUUUGAACAUUGAUAAAUAUAUGGACGACGUUGAAAGCACAUUGGUGGAAACUGAACAGUUCUACAAGGAAGUGCAUGAUAUUUGGCAGGCUCGCAUAGAAGACACGCUGAAUUCCUUUGAAAACACUAGCCUACUGACGCUUUCUGUUGAUCCAGUGGAUCCGGAUGAAUUUUACGACAAGAACAUUCGAUACCGUCAAUCGGUGCAAGUUCACCUGGAAAGCAAGUCGCAGGCUAUGGAAGGUGCAGUUAUAGAAUUGAUCAAUAAAUUUGUUCGAAAAAUAGAAGUUCCCGAUAGAGAUGAUCGUGGCAAUCGAAGAUAUCAGCUUCCUCUGAAUGAAAUCAGUGAUGAAAAUAGGCGCAAAGAAGAACAACUUCCCACGGACAAGUUUGAUUGGAUUCGCUUCGAUAAGUUGUACAAAACUCCUGCUAAUCCGACUCCAGAAGCACAUUUGGAAGCACUUUUCCAGGACUAUGGGGCGCUCAACUAUGACGUUAGUGCUUUGCACAUUGAUUGCAUGGAGUUGUUUGCGUAUUUUAAUAAUCGAAUCAUAAACGUAUUCGUACGUAUGGUGAAGAAUUCGUUGGAAAAAUUACGCACUAGGCUCGAGCUGGUACGGCUACAGUCAAACAAGGCAGCUGUCUUAAGCGAGAUCCAUCCGCUCAUCGUUACCGCAAUGCAGCUUCAAACAGAUUGUUGCGAUAUAAAACCUUCCCUGGAGGAUGUACAGUUUGCAUUUGAGAGGGUUGUACUGAAUGUGGUGGAAACGUUCUACGCAAUUUCGACCUGGGGCCGUCAGGCAAAAUCCACCGAGAGAAAAAUGCGGCGGCCAGUCCUAGCUGAACAACGCGCUGAACGAGAUUGGUACAAGCUCAUUUCUGAGCACAAGGAGGUGACAAGAAUGAUGCAUGAAUUCGAUGGAGGAAUGUUCCUGUUGAAACCCGACAUAAACUACGUGCUGAAGCAUGUCUACAACCAUUACGAGUAUCUUUGGAAACAAAAUUUGUUUAAUGCCGCAAUGGAAGCAAAGCCGGAACUGUUUGAAAAGAUCAAAGAAGAUCUAGCAUCCGUCACGUACAGUAGUCACAUUGGACCGAUCGUCAUCAAAUUAGACUCUGUUGUUAAGCUAGUACUUCAGCGCUUCUUCGCUUUCUAUAACAUCCGGAUCGAAGAGAUAGUAAACUUCAUCACCAAACAAGAUGAAACGCUCAAACGCACGCUCACCGAUUUAGACGAUAUUCGGAUGGCAAUGGACUGUUUACAAACGGUGCAAGAUAGCUUUUCCUUCAUUGACGUCGAUCUAACGUUCAUCGAGCAAACUUACCGAACACUGGCCGAUUUUGAACAGCUGGAAAUAACCCAGGAACAAGUGGACAGCGUGUACGGUAUUCGCGACACAUUCAAAGCGAUGGUCAAAUUGGUGGAAAAGGUAGAAAACGACAUUAUUGCCCUGCAGGUACCGCUGCAACGAGAGCUUGCUGCAGGAGUGGCAAAGUUCAACGAGGAAAUUACCGGAUUUGAUCAAGAGUUUGAAACCAAUGGCCCGAUGGAGGAAGGUAUACCUGCAAAAGAAGCUAGCGAUCGGUUGCUCAUGUUUCAGGGACGUUUUGAUGAGCUUUGGCGCAAGUUCGAAAUGUACGCGAACGGUGAAGCGUUCUUGGGGCUGAAAGUGAACGACUAUCCGGUGCUGCACAAGCGAAAGAAGGAAUUCAACCUGCUCAACAAACUUUAUUCGUUGUACUUGCAAGUGAUGAAAAGUAUUGAUCAGUACUACGAAACCCCAUGGCAAGAUGUAAACAUAGAGAACAUCAAUGCCGAAUUAACCGAUUUCCAGAACCGCUGCCGAAAGCUUCCAAAAGCAAUGAAGGAUUGGCCCGCUUACAUUGAGUUGAAGAAGAAGAUCGAUGAUUUCAACAACAGUUGUCCGCUGUUGGAGCUUAUGUGCAACGAAGCGAUGAAAGACCGGCAUUGGGAGAAAUUAGAACAAAUGCUGGCUUGUAAAUUUGAUGUUACUUCACCCACGUUUACUCUUGGCCACAUCAUGGAGGCACCACUGCUUAAGUUCUCGGAUGACAUUGAAGAUACGUGCAUUGGUGCUGUAAAGGAAAAUGAUAUCGAUACCAAGCUGCGCACGGUGGUCGCCGAGUGGUCUACCGUCAACCUGCAGUUUUCUGCCUUUAAAACUCGCGGCGAACUGCUUAUAAAACCUGCAGAAACCGUUGAGAUCAUAUCGAUGUUGGAGGAUAGUAUCAUGAUCGUCAACUCAUUGGCAUCGAAUCGUUUCAAUGCACACUUCAAGAAGGAUAUUAUGAUGUGGUUGCACAAGUUGGUGAAUACUGGAGAAAUUCUUGAAAAAUGGUUGCAAGUGCAGAACCUGUGGAUAUACCUGGAGGCGGUGUUCGUAGGCGGGGAUAUUUCUAAACAGUUGCCACAAGAUGCCAAACGUUUUGCUGGGAUCGAUAAGAGUUGGGUGCGUAUAAUGUUUCGUGCCCGAGAUAAUCCAAACGUAGUUCAGUGUUGUACGGGCGAAGACGUCAUGUCCUACACUUUAACUUCCCUGCUGGAACAGCUAGAGACUUGCCAGAAAUCCCUUACCGGAUACCUCGAAUCAAAACGACUCUUAUUCCCACGGUUUUUCUUUAUAUCCGAUCCUGUACUGUUGGAAAUUCUUGGCCAGAGCUCCGAUCCUACUUCCAUUCAAGCACAUCUUUUAAGCAUUUUCGACGCAGUUGCUAAGGUGGAGUUUGAUGAAAAAUCGUUCGGCAAAAUUGUAGCGCUCUAUUCCGAUAACGGGGAGCGUGUACCCUUGGCUAAUCCGGUGUUUUGUACUGGUGGAGUAGAGUUGUGGCUCGGUAGUCUACUAGGUGAAAUGCAAGAUACCAUCCGGACGAUAUUAGCACAGAUGGCACACUGCCUUGCUAGUCCUGAUUUCAACUUUAUUGUCGGAUUCCAAGAGUAUUGCGGACAAGCGGGGCUCGUAGGCGUACAACUGUUGUGGACAAACGAAGCUGAGAUAGCAUUGAGCAGAUGUCGGACGGACAAAGCUAUAAUGCGUGUUACGAACAAUAAAUUCCUAAACCUCCUAAACAGUCUCAUCGAGCUGACCGUGAAGGAUUUGACGAAACUGGAACGCAUUCGUUUCGAAACGAUGGUUACUAUACAUGUACAUCAACGCGACAUUUUCGACGAUCUAGUGCGUUUCCGUAUUCGAACUGCCCUGGAUUUCGAGUGGCAAAAACAGGCCCGGUUUUACUACAUCGAAGAAACGGAUGACGUAAUCGUGAAGAUAACGGAUGUCGAUUUCAUUUAUCAAAACGAAUAUCUUGGUGUGACGGAGCGCUUGGCCAUCACACCGCUCACUGAUCGAUGCUAUAUCACGCUUGCCCAAGCAAUCGGUAUGUCGAUGGGCGGAGCACCAGCUGGUCCUGCAGGAACAGGAAAAACAGAAACCACCAAGGAUAUGGGUCGCGCACUGGGGAAGCUAGUGGUGGUCUUCAAUUGCUCAGAUCAAAUGGACUUCCGUGGCCUGGGCCGUAUUUACAAAGGUCUCGCUCAAUCUGGUUCCUGGGGUUGUUUUGAUGAAUUCAAUCGAAUCGAGCUGCCAGUUUUGUCGGUAGCGGCGCAGCAAAUCCAUAUCGUGCUUACCGCCAGAAAGGAAAAGAAAACAUCCUUUUUAUUUAGUGAUGGCGAUACAGUUUCAUUGAAUUCAGAAUUCGGCCUCUUCAUUACUAUGAAUCCCGGGUACGCAGGACGCCAGGAGCUACCAGAGAACUUGAAAAUCAUGUUUCGCUCUGUGGCAAUGAUGGUGCCUGAUCGACAGAUUAUCAUGCGUGUCAAACUGGCUAGUUGCGGUUUCAAGGACAAUGUUAUACUUGCUCGAAAAUUCUUCACGCUGUACAAACUUUGCGAGGAGCAGCUCUCGAAACAGGUGCAUUACGAUUUCGGCUUACGGAACAUUCUUUCUGUUCUGAGAACGCUAGGUGCGCAGAAACGAGCGAAUCCCACCGAUACGGAAGAAACUAUCGUAAUGCGCGUUUUACGUGACAUGAAUGUGUCGAAGCUUGUUGAUGAGGAUGAGCCACUGUUCAUUUCACUGAUUGAGGAUUUAUUCCCAGGCAUCAAACUGAGCACCUCUAGCUAUAAAGAGCUGCAGAAAGCCAUAGCAAAUAGCGCGGAGUCUCUAGGCCUGAUGAACCAUCCCGAGUGGAAUUUGAAAGUAAUCCAACUUUACGAAACUUCACUUGUGAGACACGGUCUCAUGACACUUGGGCCUACUGGAGCGGGCAAGACGCAGUGCAUACAAACACUGCUGAGGAGUUUCACCGAGCUUGGCGCGCCACACAAGGAGAUUCGAAUGAAUCCGAAAGCGAUCACGGCUCCCCAGAUGUUUGGAAGACUCGAUGUGGCCACAAAUGAUUGGACGGAUGGAAUCUUUUCGACCUUGUGGCGCCGAACGCUUAAGGUAAAGAAAACGGACUUUGUGUGGCUUGUAUUAGAUGGACCAGUCGAUGCGGUAUGGAUUGAGAAUUUAAAUUCCGUGCUAGACGAUAACAAAACACUAACCCUGGCAAACGGUGAUCGUAUCACAAUGGCUCCGAACGCAAAACUCGUCUUUGAACCAGACAAUGUGGACAACGCGUCACCAGCUACCGUGAGUCGUAUGGGCAUGGUAUUUAUGAGUGCGUCCGUCAUGAAAUGGGAACCGAUUUUGAAUGGUUGGCUCAAAACUAAACCAGCAGAUCAAAGUGAUUUAUUGCGGCGUUUGUUCCUAAAAAUUUAUAACGACUUGCAUGAAUUCGUCCAAACGAAACUAAAAGCUAAAAUGAAGAUACUAGAAGCAAUCUAUAUUCGGCAGUGCUGUGAUCUUCUGGAAGGAUUACUGGCCCCACAGAACGAAAACGACACUUCAGCUAACUUUACUGAUGCUCACGUGGAGCGGCUGUUUUUAUUUUCGUUAAUGUGGUCUUUGGGUGCUGUACUUGAGCUGGAGGAUCGCGAGACAAUGGGAGAAUUUAUCGCAAAGCACCCUUCCAAAAUGAAAUGGCCAAAAUUACAACCAGGAGAAACCAUAUUCGAAUACGUCGUAUCAGCCGAGGGUAAUUGGCAACAUUGGAAUGAUCGUGUAGAGGAGUAUAUCUACCCUAGCGACAGUGUACCGGAGUUCGCUAGUAUCUUAGUGCCAAACGUAGACAAUGUGCGCACUUCAUUCCUUAUCGACUUGGUUGCUAGGCAGACUAAAGCAGUUCUGUUGAUUGGUGAGCAAGGAACUGGAAAAACCGUCAUGAUCAAAGGCUACAUGUUGCAGUACGAUCCCGAGUACCAUCUUUCGAAAAGCUUUAACUUUUCGUCCGCUACAACGCCAAACAUGUUUCAACGUAUCAUCGAAUCGUAUGUGGAGAAACGCGUUGGUACUACCUAUGGUCCACCGCAACAGCGCAAGAUGUCCAUCUUCAUCGACGAUGUCAACAUGCCGAUCGUAAACGAAUGGGGUGACCAAGUAACGAACGAGAUCGUCCGUCAACUGAUGGAGAAUCGUGGCUUUUAUUCGUUGGACAAACCAGGCGAUUUCUUAACAGUGCUGGACAUUCAAAUGUUGGCCGCAAUGAUACAUCCAGGUGGCGGUAGAAAUGACAUACCACCUCGUCUAAAACGCCAGUUUUGCAUUUUUAACUGUGCUAUUCCAAGUAACAAAUCGAUGGAUAAAAUAUUCGGUGUGCUUGGUGAAGGUUACUUCUGUGACACACGGUUCAAUGAUGUGCUGGUACGAUUUGUUCCUCGGUUUGUGCCAUUAACUCGAAAAAUAUGGCAGGCGACAAAGGUAAAGAUGCUUCCGACACCAGCCAAAUUCCAUUAUGUAUUCAACCUGCGAGAUCUCUCUCGUAUUUGGGAAGGCAUGCUAAAAGUCAAAUCAGAACAGUGCGAAACCAUCCAAACAGCCAUUAACCUCUGGAGACAUGAAUGCACACGAGUGAUAGCGGAUCGAUUUACCAAUUUUGAAGAUCGUACAUGGUUUGUGGAUCAUUUACGAUCUACAGCUGAACAGGAACUUGGGCCAGACUUUGCACACUAUCAAGAAGAGGAACAGUUCUUUGUUGACUUUUUGCGAGAUGCACCCGAACCAACAGGUGAAGAGGGUGAUGAUGCCAGUUUAGAACCGCCCAAACUUUAUGAAGAAAUGCCUGGGUUCGACGAAACGACAGCUCGUGUUAAAAUGUUCCUCGAACAGUACAACGAAUUGAUACGAGGAGCUACAAUGGACUUAGUUUUCUUCCGUGACGCCUUAAUUCAUUUGAUGAUCAUCUCGCGUAUUAUAGGUACUCCGCGCGGUAAUGCACUACUAGUGGGAGUAGGCGGCUCGGGAAAGCAGAGCUUAACUCGUCUGGCAUCUUUCAUUGCGGGGUACAAGUUCUACCAAAUCACUCUGACUAGAGCAUACAAUGUGAAUAACCUCAUGGAAGAUCUCAAGUAUCUGUAUCGUGUGUCCGGCGUUGACGGUCAAGGAAUAACAUUCAUUUUCACCGAUAAUGACAUCAAGGACGAAGGUUUCCUGGAGUACAUUAACAACGUACUCAGCUCGGGUGAGAUUGCCAACCUUUUCCCGAAGGACGAAAUCGAUCAAAUCACUAACGAACUUAUACCGGUAAUGAAGAAAGUCGAUCCCAAGCGCAUUCCAACGCAGGAUAAUCUAUACGAUUUCUUCAUAUCGCGAGCACGAGCCAACCUGCAUAUCGUCCUCUGUUUCUCGCCAGUCGGAGAAAAGUUCCGUAACCGAUCACUCAAGUUUCCCGGUCUCAUCUCAGGUUGUACUAUUGAUUGGUUCCAGCGAUGGCCGGAGGAUGCCCUUAUUGCCGUGUCGACGCAUUUCCUACGCGAUUACAAUAUCGUCUGCACUGCUGACGUUAAGGUGCGCUUAAUCGAAAUCAUGGCAUUCGUCCAGAACCGUGUGGCUGAGGUAUGCAUCGAAUAUUUUGAACGAUUCCGUCGACAAGCACACGUAACGCCCAAAUCGUUCCUUUCGUUCUUGGAAGGUUACAAAGUGAUCUAUAGACAAAAGCAUGAAAAUAUUGCCGUUAUGGCAGGACGCAUGCAAACCGGUCUGGUAAAGCUUAUUGAGGCUGCCGAGUCUGUCGAUGUGCUGCGCAUAGAACUGGAAGAAAAAGAGAAAGAUAUUGUCAUCGCCACUAAAGCGGCGGAGGUCGUAUUAGCCUCCGUCACAGAGUCCCAGCGUGCGGCCGAGGUGGUAAAAGCCGAUGUGCUGGUGGUAAAAAACAAAGCCGACAUUCUGGUAGACCAAAUUCAAGCAGAUACACUGGUCGCAGAGGAAAAACUUGAGGCUGCGAGACCGGCAUUAGAACAAGCCGAAGCGGCCUUAAAAACUGUAACAGGAGCUGAUAUUGCGACGGUACGGAAGCUCGGAAAACCACCAUACUUGAUCACAUUGAUCAUGGAUGUGGUGCUGAUAUUAUUUGGAAGAAGAAUGGCUCCUGUGAAACCGGACGAAGAACGCCAGUUUAUGUUAGCUUCUUGGGAACAGUCGCUAAAGGUAAUGGCUGACACUGGCUUUCUGGGAAAAAUUGUUCGUUAUCAGGCAGAUCUCAUCAAUGCUGAAACUGUCGAUCUGAUGAUGCCGUACUUUAACUACCAUCUGUACACGUUUGAAGCGGCCAAGGCAGCUUGCGGAAAUGUGGCCGGCUUGCUGAAGUGGACUGUUGCCAUGGCUGACUUCUACGACGUUAAUAAGGAUGUUUUACCACUUAAGGCCAACUUGGUUAGACAACAGAAGAAACUUGAUAUUGCCAUGGCGGAGAAGGGUGCCGCAGAAGCACUGUUAAAAGCGAAAGAGGACGAGCUGGCCGUGGUACAGCAAAUGUUUGAUGAGGCAAUGGCAAAGAAAAAAGCCGUUCUGGAUGAUGCGAAACAAUGUCAAGACAAGAUGGAUGCGGCUUCUGCAUUGAUAGAUGGAUUAGCUGAUGAGCGAGUUCGCUGGACGGAACAAUUGGAACAAUUUAAAGAUGAAACCGAACGACUUGUUGGCGAUGUGCUAAUUCUAACCGGGUUUCUUUCAUACACCGGACCCUUCAAUCAAGAGUACCGCACAGUACUACAGACAAGUUGGCAAGGCGAACUUAGCAAACGUAGAAUACCAGUAUCUCGGAGUAUCAACAUCACGGAAAGUCUCACCGAUCCUGCUACCAUCGGAGAGUGGAACUUACAGGGGUUGCCCAAUGAUGAGCUAUCCAUUCAGAAUGGAAUCAUAGUGACGAAAGCAGCCCGCUACCCGUUACUUAUAGAUCCACAAUCACAAGGAAAAAUGUGGAUUAAGAACAAGGAAAACGACUUUGGCCUAGUGGUGACUUCGCUUAAUCACAAGUAUUUUAGAAAUCAUAUUGAAGACUGUGUUUCACUUGGUUACCCGAUGCUGAUAGAGGACAUUGGUGAAGAACUCGACCCCGUACUGGAUAACGUGUUAGAGAAGAACUUCAUCAAAAUGGGCAACACGUUCAAGGUGAAGGUAGGCGACAAGGAGGUUGAUGUGAAUGAUUCAUUCCGCAUGUAUAUGACCACAAAACUACCGAACCCACUCUACACGCCCGAAGUCUCAGCACGAACAUCCAUAAUUGAUUUUACCGUUACGAUGAGAGGACUCGAGGAUCAACUGUUGGGACGGGUGAUUCUUACGGAGAAACGUGAGCUUGAGUCAGAACGAACCAAUUUGAUUAAAGAUGUCACCGCAAAUCGUCGUAAAAUGCAAGAACUGGAAGCGAAUCUCUUACACAAACUUUCCACCACACAAGGUAGUCUGGUAGACGAUGUAACAGUUAUAGGCGUGCUGAAUACAAGCAAAACCACUUCGAUUGAGGUGCGUGAGAAGCUAAAGGUCGCCCGGGAAACAGAGAUCAAAAUCAACCGAGCCCGUGAAGAGUAUCGACCGGUUGCAGCGCGAGGUAGCGUAUUGUAUUUCCUUAUAUGCAGUAUGACCAUGGUGAACAACAUGUAUCAGACGUCACUCGUACAAUUUCUGGAACGGUUUGAUAUAUCCAUGGCACGAUCUGAUCGGCAUCCGGUACCAACUAGACGCAUCAACAACAUCAUUGAGUACCUUACAUAUGAUAUCUUCCGGUAUGUGUGCCGUGGACUGUACGAAGUACACAAAUAUCUUUUCGUCCUUCUAAUGGCACUAAACAUUGAUCUGGAUCGGAAGACCGUAACGCAUGCGGAGUUCCAAACAUUUAUCAAAGGAGGAGCUGCAUUGGACAUUAAUACAUGUCCGGAAAAACCGUUCAAGUGGAUAGCCGACGUGACUUGGUUGAAUUUGGUGCAACUCUCUAAACUCGAUCAUUUCGUUGCUAUUCUCGAUAGCAUACGGAACAACGAGAAGGGUUGGAAAGCGUGGUUCUCGAAAGAAGCACCUGAAGAGGAGCUGUUACCACCAGAGGGAGGUUAUCAAUCGAUGGAUGCUUUCCGACGUUUACUGCUCAUCCGAGCCUGGUGUCCAGACAGAACACUCUUUCAAAGUCGUCGGUAUCUUGGCAUGUCACUUGGCGAACGUUUUGCCGAUCCAGUAAUCAUUAAUUACGAUGCACUUCUCGAAGAGAGUCGUCCUCUGACGCCUUUAGUUUGCUUUUUGUCCAUGGGUUCCGAUCCGACACCUAGCAUUGAAAAUUUGGCUAAAAAGAAUGGUUUCAAGUGUCGCUCGAUUUCUAUGGGCCAGGGACAAGAAGUUCAUGCACGCAAGCUUGUCGGAAGCUCGUUAGAGGAAGGAUCAUGGGUACUGCUACAGAACUGCCAUCUUGGAUUGGAGUACAUGAACGAGCUGAUGCUGCAGAUAUUAGAACUGGAACGAGCCGGACCUACAGCGUACCAUGAAAACUUCCGUACAUGGAUGACGACCGAACCACAUCCACAGUUCCCGAUUACAUUUUUACAGAUGGCGUUGAAAUUCACCAACGAACCACCGUCCGGAGUGAAGGCCGGAUUGAAGCGGACCUACGCAUCGAUGUCGUUGGAGAUGUUUGAGUACAGCGAUUCUCCACUCUACGUGCCGCUGAUAUAUGGCAUAUCGUUUCUUCAUACGGUUGUACAAGAACGACGAAAGUUUGGUCCCCUGGGAUGGAACAUUCCGUAUGAAUUCAAUUCUGCCGAUUGGCUUGCAAGCUGCAUGUUUGUACAAAAUCAUCUGGAUGCACUGGACAGUAAGGUGGGUCGUGUGAGUUGGAAAACAAUGCGUUACAUGUUAGGCGAGGUGCAGUACGGUGGACGCGUUACCGACGACUACGACAAGCGGCUGCUCAACACCUUCGCCCGCGUCUGGUUUUCAGAUGCAAUGUUUGAGGAAACAUUCCGCUUCUUCCGUGAGUAUCGUAUUAUGCGUUUCAAAACUGUCGAGGAAUACCUUGAAGCGAUCGAUAACAUGCCGCUCGUCGAUCCACCGCAAGUCUAUGGAUUGCACUCGAACGCAGACAUUACGUACCAGAGCAAUACAACUAAGGAAAUUUUAGACACGAUCCUAUCCAUUCAACCAAAAGAAUCUUCCGGCGGUGGUGGUGAAACUCGUGAAGUAACUGUUGCAAGGAUGGUGCAUGACAUGUUAGGCAAAGUUCCUCCUCCAUAUGACCCGUAUGCAGUAAAGGAACGGUUACGCAUCAUGGGCCAUCAAGAGUCUAUGAAUAUUUUCUUGCGCCAAGAGAUCGAUCGCAUUCAGCGUAUAUUACUGCUCGUUCGUCAAACGCUGGACGACCUACUGUUAGCCAUCGAUGGAGUGAUCAUAAUGAAUGAACAGCUUCGUGAUGCGCUUGACAACAUCUACGAUGCCCGUGUACCGACUGUCUGGAAGCGGGGAAGUUGGACUUCGGCUUCGCUUGGUUUCUGGUUCACCGAACUGAUCGAGAGAAACACCCAAUUCCAUAGCUGGUGUUUCCGGAAACGACCCAAUAUGUUCUGGAUGACGGGAUUUUUCAACCCACAGGGGUUUUUAACCGCCAUGCGUCAGGAAGUGGCACGAGCUCACAAGGGAUGGGCAUUAGAUAUGAUCACCCUGCAUAAUGACGUAACUCAGAUGCUGACCGAAGAGUGCAAAGUAACACCACCGGAAGGAGUUUAUGUUUACGGUCUAUACAUAGAUGGAGCUGGAUGGGACAAACGGUUCAUCCGUUUGCAAGAAGCCACAAAUAAGGUUCUGUACUCACCCAUGCCAGUCAUACAUGUUUACGCCAUCAACUCCACGGCACCAAAAGAUCCAAAGUUGUACGAGUGUCCAGUAUACAAAAAAGCCAACCGAACUGACCUGAACUACAUUACGCCACUUUGGUUGCAAACAGCCAAACCACCGGAGCAUUGGGUUCUUCGUGGUGUCGCUCUUUUGUGUGAUAUUAAGUAA